CCAGCUCCCAGCUUCCUUCCUGUGUCUCGGUCCUCGGGUUCCUGCUCAUUGCAGCGGGGGAAGCUUUUUCAGCAAACCUGAAAAUAACUUCGCCGCCUUUAAAGGCCCGGCCAAAGCAAUCCUGGUUCGGGCUUCUCUGCUUGAAGCCCUGAUAGAUGUCGCGUCUCCCCUGCGAGCACAGGAAGGCCGAAAUGUUUGUCCUUCGGCAUAUGGUGACAAGGCAUUGACAGUCCAUUGGGAUGGCUGGCGAGAGAGGUUGCUCUGGCCUUGUCUUGCACUCUUGCAUCCACAUUUUUGAACGUGGGAUUCAAAUAAUUGCUCCAAGAAAUUAACAAAAACCAAGUAGACUAGAGAUCACUGAUUUAAAAACAAGUGAACCAUGUGUGAAUACUUCAGAUGUGGAUGGAGGGUCUUGCACUUGCCCUCAUGAGACCGUUCUUAGUGUUUGGAGGGUGUUAUAAAGGGAGGACUCUUUCUGACUGAAGUUAAAGCUGUUGCAUUUUUUUUCCUGACCGCAUGGUUUCCCAGAGACUGUAAUUAGGAGGCAAUAUUGUUAGUCCAGUUAGUGUUAUGGGGUUCCCACAUGGCUCAUUUCCCCAGAGCAGCGGUUCCCAAUGUGGUGCCUGCAUGUGCCACGGCACCCUGCAAGGUUUAUUCAGGUGCCUUUGCGCAUGUUCAUGAUCAGUAAAAAUCAUUAUUCCAGCAAAAAUGCUGUCAUAUUGGUGCCUGCUGCUUUUUCUUUUAAAUUCAAAUGUGCCCUUGGGCACACAAAUGUUGGGAACCCCUGCCCCAGAGGAUAUGGGUCUAAAACACUCCCAGCUGGACCAACCAUGAUCUUCAGCAGCUCACAUCUCCACUCUGGAGCCAGACUGUUCAGUUGCCACUUCCCCAGCUGUCACAGCAGCCACCACACUGGACUUUGUGGAUUUGGUAAUGCUUAUGGCUUCAAAAUGAUAGCUGUAGUUGCGCUAAUUUGAGGUCUGAAUUGAUCAAAAGAUAAGAUGUAGCUGAAAACAAGCAAGUACAUUUGUGUACCAGUCUGAAAAGAUGGAUGCUCACCAUUACUUGACUUGAGUAGAUUUUGUUAAAAAUCUAGUAUCUCCUCCAAAACAUGAAUGAAGUUGGUUUAUAAAUACAGAUGAGCAGCAGUAGAAAUCUGUUUAAAUGUGAUCUGUGUCUGUCCUAACUUAACUUUUUUUUUCAAAGACUGGUCACUGCUGGAAGUUACCUAGUUGUGGGGAUAAUUCGAAGUAGCUUUGAACAGUGAGCUGGAUCCAAGUUAUGAGUUCAUAACAUUCAUGUUGUUUUGCUAAUUGUAGUUCUUAAAUACUGCUAAAACCAAUCUUAAACAGUGCAAUGAAUUUCUUUCUCUUCUUUCAUCCUUUGCUUUCCCUAGUUCAAAAGUUAUAGGUGUCUUCGGCUUUUCCUGUAUCUUGACAUGUUUUAUAUCAAAGGUGACUUUUUGUUUUGUUUCAACAGCUGAAAGCUGAUGUAGUUCCGAAGACAGCAGAGAACUUUAGAGCUCUUUGUACUGGUGAGAAGGGUUUUGGGUAUAAAGGAUCCACCUUUCACAGAGUGAUUCCUUCAUUCAUGUGCCAGGCUGGUGACUUUACAAACCACAAUGGCACAGGAGGGAAAUCCAUCUAUGGCAGUCGAUUUCCAGAUGAAAAUUUCAUACUUAAGCAUGUUGGACCUGGUGUUCUUUCAAUGGCCAAUGCAGGCCCCAAUACAAAUGGAUCUCAGUUCUUCAUUUGCACUACCAAAACUGACUGGCUAGAUGGAAAACACGUUGUUUUUGGCUACGUAAAGGAAGGAAUGGAAGUUGUAAAGAAAAUUGAGGGUUUUGGUACCAAGAGUGGAAAGACCAACAAAAAGAUUCUCAUUACAGAUUGCGGCCAGUUGUCAUAAACUGUUUUAUGUAGCUCAGGAGAACUUGGAUGCUGUGAAGAAACAGGAUGAAGGAAGUAUUUCUGAUCUCACUUGGGGUUAUUAAUUGCUGAUGUGAAGCAUUCUUCCUAUCAUUCAGUAUGAUUGAAUAUACCCUGAUAAAAGUAGAAAUUUCAGACAUUCUAACAAAGAUCUCUGUACCUUAUUGUAGAACAGAGCUAGAGGGUUCACUUUUUUUAUUUGAAAAUGGGUACAAGUUAAUAUUUAUAGAUUAUUUACAAAUGAACAAGAGAUCUUAAUUUUUUUUAAAUGACAUGGUAUUGUAGCAGUUAUCAGGUCAAGCUUGACAGUGUGCUGAACUUCAGUUAUCCAGUGCUGUACAUGACAGCAAUAUGAACACCAAAUUUGCUGUAAUUCAAGAAUUGUAAGAAGUCUGUCACAAUUAUCUUGUGGUUGACCUAGCUACUAGCAUAGUGAGUGCUUAUACCCUUCUCUGUUUCAAAUAAAUGUGAAUUUGUCAUUCUGUUGACAUAGCCAGGUGCUGUGAAAAAUUUUUUUUUUUUUUCAGGCAUUCGGAUCAGUAAUGUAAUAAAGUAUAGUGGCAUUAUUUUCUCUUAAGUGGGGAUCAAAUGGAUCAAAUUCUCCAUUAAUUUGAAUUAAAGAUUGCCAUGUUUCCUUCACUGAUAUUUCAGUUCUGCCUGGAUGCAGGCUCAGUCAUGUUGAAUGUGCACACAGGUUAACAUACUAAAGGCUCUCUCUGUAAUAGCAAUGGCUAGAAUGUCCUUUCUGAAGAAGAGAGCCGAACUUGGAGUGCAGCUUAAAUCUGUGGAAUUGAUGACUUUUUUUUUUUUUUUAUUCCUUCUGUUAAGACAAGAUAUUGUCUCAGAAUUAAUUGAUUUUUAAAUUGACUUCUAAACUUACUAAAUGAGUUUGGGUUGUAAGAACAUCACCAUCACUCUUCUAGUUUGCUUGAUUUUUUUUAAAAACCACAAGUUAACCAAAACAGAUCAAUGGAUGCUUCCAUAGAGCAACUGUGAACUAACUUGAAAUCCAAUUCUAUUCUGAAAUCACAGUAUGUCAUCGUGGCAUGACCUUCCUCAGCACAUACAUUUCUCUGUGUAUUCAGGGGUGUAACUACUCACUCAAAUGGCAAAUAUGCUUUUCUGAUUGUUUUAUUUUUGAUCUGUUGACCCUGCAGAGCCAACUGAGUUUGGGACAUUAGGUGGAUUCUGUCUUCGGGUGCAUCAUCAUUAGAAGUAAAAAUCAGUCACUCAAGGGUCACAUGGGGACCUAAUUGGAUCCAUGCUCAUUGCUGGGGCUGAUGCUUCAAAAGGAAAAAUCCAUCUGGAUUGAUAAGGGUAGCAGGGGUUUGCAGGGUUGGCUGAAAGGAGUGGCAGCUAUUUUACUUCACCGGAACAUCUGGUAUGGACUCACUGAGCAAUAAUGAACAACAAAACUUGCAGUGCUCUCUUUAAGAAUCUCUUCAGCUGCUAAAUACAAAACUAUUGGGAAAUUACAUUGGUACUUGGUAUGGUAAUUUUAUUAAUCAGAAACAGAAAAAAAUAUGAAGGCUUUUUAUUUAUGUAUUUUGUUUUUUCUCCCAAAUGUGAGUUUACUGCCAGGAUAUCGCAGCUAAACUGGGUUUAAAAAUAAUGCAUCUUGCACUAGACCUCAGUGUGUGUGUGUGUGUGUGUGUGUGUGCGUGUGUGUGUGCGCGCGUGUGUAUGUUGUUUGUUUGUUUGUUUGUUUGUUUGUUUGUUUUUAAUUCACUGAAGGUCACUGACAUUUGCAUGAGAUGGUAUUUCAGGUUAUAAUAUUACAUAAAAUGGGACUGAGCAGCUUUUAUUAUUCUUCCCCUUUGCAGUUUUUUAACAUUUAAUUUUAGCUAUUUUGGCAUAUGUUCAGUAUUGAUACGAAAAUUAGAUUUGUCUUCCCUUCAUUUUGUAUGUGAAAAAUCAUUAAAUAUCACUUCGUAAAAAUUGACUGACAAUUUCU